AUGCGCAACUACGUCCAGCCAACCAAGCGCGAGCAGAAGCAGCACAACUACGGCUUCCCCUGCGGCACCACCGCCGUGCUGAAUGAAAAGGUGAUCAAGGAGGGUAUUUUCAAUACCCCUCUAUACGCGGCGUGGCCCCUUGUGCUGGAAGACGCGUUUCCCGUCCCAAGACAAGGCGUAACUUUUGCUGUCCAAGAACCGGAAGAGAUUUUGUAG